UCUCUAGAUCUAGAUUCUAAUUGUUUUAGUCCCCGAUUUAACUUCCUUCUACUUCGCUUAAAUUGUCUGGACUCUACAUACAAUCUACAUUGCACCUGCCUAUAUUCUAUAAUGUUUUAAUUAUUAAUUUAUGUUAAUCGGCAUGCAACAAUUAUAAUAAAAAUGGAAUUCAACUGCGCUGUAAGUGUAACGGCACCAUUUUCAUUUGCAACUGUUGUUAUGGCAGACAGCUACUUGGAUACCUUUCCUUAUCCACAAAAUCUGGAAUUAUAUUUACAAAACCUGUUUCUAAAAUUAGAAGUUGAAACAGUAUCAUCACAGCGACCAGUUACAAUACGAGGCUCCUGGAAAACACUUGUUAUGAUUGAUGCAUUUCUUAAGACCUUAAUUUCCACUUUAAGUAGUGCCAUAACAAAAGGUGCUGUACCAAAUGAAGAAGAUUUUAGUGCUGCAUUCAAACUCUUUAAAGAAAGUGGCUAUUCGGUUGAGAGCAAACCAGCUACAUCACAGUCAAAUUGUACUAACAUUUUUAAUAGCAGUGGCAAGUCCAAUAAUAGUUUUGCAGAACAUCAGAUAGCCAUAAACAACGGAGAAAAUGAAGAGACUUAUACUACUAGUUAUACAGAGCCCACAGAAAAGUUUGUACUUGACAAGUCACAAAAAGAUAAAUGGUAUUUUAAUGCAAAUCCAAGGGGUAAAACAAGUAAAUUUUCGAAUACAGAAAAGGUUCUGCCUGAACCGUUUAUUGUUGUAGAAGCAGAGAAGCCAAAUAAAAGUAACCAACCAAGUAUUACUGAAAUUGAAAAAGCUUUGUGUCAGGUAUACAAGAAAGAAACCAUAGAAAAGUAUAGAAAAAAAUCUUCCAAAGUUAACAGUCAUUUAAACAGUGAUAAUACUGAAAUACAAGAGGUUAAAGAGGAGUUAGACGACAUGGAAAAUCUGCAUUUAGAAUUUGGUAGUGACAAUCUUGAAACAAGUAAAUCUGAAGGUAUAUAUGCUUCUACAGAGCUACAAGAUGAAUCAUGCAAAAUUGUUUCAAAAAAUAAAUUAAAGAAACAUAUUGUUUCAAAACGUAAAAAGAAAAAGACAUUAAAAACAAGGACAGAUAACUGUAAUGUUGGAGAAAUAAAAUACAGUUGUAAAAAAAGUUUACCUGUAAAUAAAAAACUAGAUAUGCCAAGUGAAAGAAGACAGUCAGCUAGGCAGAAACUAAGGCUAGAGAAAAACAAAGUGCUAAAAGCUAGUGAGCUUUUAUCUAGUCAAAAUAAUAAUGACUUUGAUAAUGUCACAAUAAAUAACCACACCACUACUAAUCAGUUACAUUCAAAAACAGAAUUAUCAGAUGAUGAAUCUAAAAUGUUAAGAGAUGUUGAAAUAAAUAUGACUGAUCAAUUAGGCAAAGAAAAGAAUCACAGUAAAAAUAAUAUCUUGAAAAGUAGUCAAAACACAAAAGAUACAGAAAACAUGUUACUUAAAAAUUCAGAUCAAGAAACUGGAAAUAAAGGGCAUAGGAAAAGAAAAACUGUUAACAAGCUUAAGGUAAAACAAACAACUUUGGAGUGUGAUAUGUGUUCGUAUGAAACCACAAAGCCACUUCAGCUUGAGGAGCAUAAGAGACGAGUUCACUUAACUAAAAAGUUUACAUGUGAAAUAUGUUCUAAGGAGUUUGGGUAUCAAAAAGAUUUGCGACGUCACAUGAAAUGUCAUUCAAAGGCUGAAAACUGUUGUGAUGUGUGUGGCAAAAUGUACAAGGAUGUGAGGAAACUUGUCGAACACAAAAAAGUUCAUUCUGAGGAUUAUGUAAAGCCAAAAUUUCCCUGUAAUUUUUGUUCCAAGUCCUUUAGUACAAAAUAUGUUCUAGCUUACCACAUAAAGUCUAAUCAUUUAGGAAUGAAGCGAAGUUUUAUUUGUCCAACAUGUGGUAAAGGCUUUUCUCAAAAGAAUUCAUACAUGCAGCAUGCCAAUGUUCAUUUAGGAAUCCGGCCAUUUGCAUGUGAAGUGUGUGGGAAAAAAUUCUCUUAUGAAAAAUCGCUGAAAGAACACGCAUUUAUGCACAGAAGUGAGAAGGCAUUCUCUUGUAAAAUAUGCAAUAAGACCUUUCGACAAGCCUCCGGGUUAACAAUUCAUAUGAAAGUACACAAAGAAACUAAAGAUUAUGUAUGUUCAAUGUGUGGGAAGGGCUUCAGUCAAAGACAAGCCAUGGUGCGCCAUGAAAGAAUACAUGUGGGAGAAAAACCUUUUGAAUGUGGAUUAUGUAAGAGAUCAUUUGCAGACUCUUCAGUUUUACGUAGGCACAUGAUUUUAAUUCAUAAAAAAGAUCCAAAGUUAUGGCGAGAGGAUACUGUUUGUCAUACACAAAAGAGAACAGAUUUUUUUAUUAGUGUUCUGGGCACUGAGUCAGAUGUGGUGUGUAUAGGCCCAUCAAACUUCACACAGUUUCAAGGACAAACUGAAGAUCUACAGCAAAAUAUUCCACAACCCAACCCAUCUGAUGAAUCAGAUCCACUGAUGACUUCCUACAAUAAAACUAAAACACAAUGCCUAAAUGCCGAUGAGCAGUUCAAUGCUGAAUUGGAUAGCUCCAAGCUACAAGGUUCUAUCAUCAAAGAGGAGCCAAGUGUUACACUUCUCAAAGAUACCAACACUACGUAUAGUAACAGUGCAAUAAAUGUAAUAGCCUCAAAUGUAAUAAUGAGUGACUCAGGGGAAACUCAAGUUGUUCAAGUAACUGACAAUUACUCAACCAUGAACUCACAGAAUCAAAACAUUGUCACAUCAAGUUAUUCUUCUUCACAGUAUGUUGUUCCUACCAAUACCUCCUCCUUACAGAGUAUUAUAUCAGUCUCUCCACAUGCCAUUGAAAUACCAGAACAUCUAACAUCAGCAUCAGGUCACCUAACACUAGCAACGUCACAGUCAAGUCAAAGCACAGCAUUUAUUCCUAUAAACUAUGCAGAAAGACAGUUUGAAUAUGAAGCAGGUGAUCUUUCUAACAAUGAGAUACAACAUUAUGCAACGAUGAUGUCCCAGCCAUACAGUCAAAGCAUAGUGGUCAUCCAGGACAAUUUGGGCACCUUCACCUACCAUCAACAGAAUGUUAAUGUUGGAUUACCAGAAGACACAACUUCUGGUAUUCAUCUUCAAAACAUUAAUCAAAACCCAUGAAGUCAUGAAGACUACUUUAUUUUUUUU